AUGGCGACUCUGACGGGCGCGCCUCAACCCGUGAAGCUAUCGCUGCCGUUGGAGUACCAGCAAAUCCUCUUCCAGGAGCUUCGAGCCGAGGAUGAGCUCGUGGUCAUCGCCCGAGGUCUCGGGCUCAUGCGCCUAGUCACCAAUCUCCUCCACUCGUACGACGUAGCGGGGAACAACUUGAUCCUCAUCGUCGGCGCUACGGACCGGGAGAACGGCUGGAUCGGCGAGGCCCUGGCCGAACAUGCCGCGGUAAGCAUGGCGCCCAAGGCCCGGGGCCUGACCGUCGUGAACACGGACUUCACGAGCGUCGGCGCCCGCGAGAAGAUGUACUCCAAGGGAGGCAUCUUCAGCAUCACCUCUCGCAUCCUCGUCGUUGACCUACUGACGGGCCUACUCGUGCCCGAGUCGGUGACGGGCGUCAUCGUGCUCCAUGCUGAUAAGGUCGUGGCGACGUCGUUGGAAGCCUUCAUCUUAAGGAUUUACAGGCAGAAGAAUAAGGCAGGGUUUUUGAAGGCGUUUUCGGAUAAUCCGGAUCCCUUUGCUACGGGGUUUUCGCCUUUGGCUACGAUGAUGAGGAAUUUGUUCUUAAGGAAGGCGUCUUUGUGGCCAAGGUUCCAUGUUACUGUUGCGCAGUCGCUCGAGGCGAGGAAGAAGAAGGCCGAGGUCAUUGAGCUUGAGGUGCCGAUGACGGAGGCUAUGACGGAUAUUCAGAAUGCCAUUCUGGAAUGCGUCGAGAUUAGCAUUCAGGAGCUCAAGAAGGGCAACACGGGGCUCGAGAUGGACGAUUGGAACAUUGAUAAUGCCCUACUCAAGAACUUCGACGUUAUAGUACGUCGGCAGCUUGAGCCGAACUGGCACAGAAUUAGCUGGAAGACGCGCCAGAUCGUCAAUGAUCUCACUGUUCUUCGCGGCAUGCUCCAUUCCCUCCUUUCCUUCGACUCCGUAUCCUUCCUUCAGCACCUUGAUACCAUACAUGCCGCUCAUGCCCCGGCCCCGGGGUCAACGAGACAAACCGCGUCGCCGUGGCUUUUCCUCGAUGCCGCGGAAACCAUCUUCGCGACGGCUCGGAAGCGAGUUUACGCUGCUGCCGGAAGGCAUGCGGCAUCCUCUUCGGACGGCAACAUCGAUGCCUUGCGGCCAGUGCUGGAGGAGCUCCCCAAGUGGGGUGUUCUCGCCGAGGUUCUCGAGGAAAUUGAUCGGGAUCUGUACUUUGAGCCUCCGAUUAGGGAUGACUCGAACGGCACGAUACUCAUCAUGUGUUCGGAUACGGACAUAUGUCGCCAGUUGCGGGAUUACCUGCAGACCAUGCACAUCAAGCCGCGGACGGAGGGCGGUAGCACCACGGCGAUCGAUCCAGAUGAGGAAGCCGAGGAGCGCUACAGACCCUCAGCAAACUUCAUGAUGAGGCGAAAGCUGCGCAACUACCUCCGGUGGAAGAAACAGUUUGCCCAAGUGAACGUCGCUUUGUUCCACGAGAACCAAAAGGCGCUUAAUGGCGCGACCGACCCGCGGCUCGCGAGCAAGAGCAGCAGGGCGCCGGCGAACAAGCGCAGGAGAGUACGCGGGGGUGGUAACGUGGGUGCCAGCGCCGGACGGACCGACAAUGGCAGCAUUGCACAGUACUUUGAGCAGCCGGGCCAGAUGGCAGAACUCAUGUCCGAGGUUCCGGUGACGGAGGAGGAGGCUGAGGAGAGGGCUGACGUGGUGGUCGAUACCCUGAACGACAUGGAGGAGUACUACCAGCUUUACGAGAUGAAAGACCUCGUUAUCGUUCAUGCGUACGAAGGUGACCAGGAUGAGCACGUUCUCGAGGAGGUGCGACCGAGGUAUAUCAUCAUGUACGAGCCCGACGCGGCUUUCAUCAGACGUGUCGAGGUAUACAGAUCGUCGCAUAGCGACCGGAACGUGAGAGUCUACUUCAUGUACUAUGGCGGCUCGGUAGAAGAGCAGCGGUACCUCUCCGCCGUACGGCGCGAAAAGGACUCCUUCACGAAACUCAUCAAGGAGAGGGCAAGCAUGUCCCUCGUCAUGACCGUCGACCCGGGUAGCGAGGACCCGCAAGAAGCCUUCCUCCGCACCAUCAACACCCGCAUAGCCGGCGGGGGACGCCUCGCCGCGACCGCUGAACCCCCCCGCGUAGUCGUCGACGUGCGCGAGUUCCGCUCGUCUCUGCCCUCCCUCCUCCACGGGCGCAACAUCGUUAUCGUGCCUUGUAUGCUCACGGUGGCGGACUACGUUCUCUCGCCUAACAUCUGCGUGGAGCGCAAAUCCGUUAGCGAUCUCAUCUCGUCGUUCCGCGACGGGCGCUUGUACAACCAGGCCGAGACCAUGUUCCAGCAUUACCGCAAUCCGAUGCUCCUGAUCGAGUUCGACCAGAACAAGAGCUUCACGCUCGAGCCGUUCGCUGAUCUUUCGGGGAGUUUGAGUAGUGUGGCGCCUUCCAACGUCUCGUCAGAUCUGCAGUCCAAGAUCGUGCUGCUUACGCUGGCGUUUCCGAAGCUGCGCAUUAUUUGGUCUAGCUCUCCGUACCAGACCGCCGAGAUCUUCGAGUCCCUCAAGAAGCAGGAGGAAGAACCCGAUCCCAUCGCCGCCGUUAGAGCUGGUCUUGAAAAGAGCUCCGGCGGUGGUGGUGGAGGCGGAGAGGGGCAGAUAUUUAACCAGGACCCGCAGGAUAUGCUGGCGAAUGUUCCGGGGGUCACGCCGAAGAAUAUCUGGACGGUUGUACAUGAGACGGAGAAUGUGAGGCAGGUGGCGAAUAUGAGUUCGAAGGAGCUGGAGCCGCUGGUUGGAGGGGAGGCGGCGAGGUUGAUGUAUGGAUUUUUUAAUAGGAAUGUGGUGAUGACAGGGAGCGGAGGAGAUGAUUGA